CUCAUUAAUAAAUACAAAUGUUAGGCAUGUUAUGCUGACAUGUGCAUCAAUAUUGCUUAACAACCCAUAUUGUUACUCAGGAGUCACAUUUUUAGAUACGUCAACUUUUAAUAUCAAAGAUUAUGGUUACCAAACGGGCGUUUGCUACUUCAACGGCAGUUAGGCACAAGGUUCAGAUUUUUUCCAUCACUUCUGCUUCCUUUUUAGCCUUCAAAUCAAAGUGCUCCUCUUUUUAUUGAGCUACAUGGCACCUAUUUCAACACCUUAGUAAUAGUACCUGAACAUCUCUCUGUGGUUUUCAAAGUUUACUUCAUCAUUUUUCCUUCUUUUAGAUAAAAGACAAAACAUAUUGAUUCAUGAUGUGUUUGUUAAGAUUGACAAUGUUUUUAAUUUUCUUUCUAGAGAUUGUUUCUACUAGAGUCUGUGGUGAGGAAGAACAUGCAGGCCUUGUGAAUGAUAAAAGUUCACUUAUUUCGUUCAUGUCAUGCAUUGUUUCUGACCCAGAAAACUCUCUAGAGAAUUGGAAGUCACAGGGAGUUCAUGUUUGUGAUUGGUCUGGUGUCAGAUGCAACAAUGCAAGUGACAGGAUCAUAGAGAUUGAUCUCAGUGGAAGGUUACUAGGAGGCACCAUUUCCCCUGCUCUUGCUAACCUCUCUUUCUUGCAAAUUCUUGAUCUUUCUGGGAACUUUUUUGUGGGUCACAUUCCUAAAGAGCUAGGAAAUUUAGUUCACCUUGAACAACUCAGUUUAUCAGGGAAUUUUCUUGAAGGAAGCAUUCCCUCUGAGUUUGGUUCACUUCACAACUUGUACUACCUUGACAUGGGAAGCAACCAUCUUGAGGGAGAGAUUCCCCCAUCACUUUUCCACAAUGUGACUUCAUUGAGCUACAUAGACCUUUCUAAUAACUCUUUAGGGGGGAAAAUCCCCUUGAACAAUGAGUUUAUCCUUAAAGAGCUUAGGUUCCUCUUACUUUGGUCUAACCAUCUUGUUGGCCAAGUUCCUUUAGCUCUUUCUAACUCUACCAAGCUUAAAUGGCUUGACUUGGAGUCAAAUAUGCUGAGUGGAGAGCUUCCAUCUGAGAUUGUUCAUAAUUUUCCACAAUUACAAUUCCUCUACUUAUCAUAUAACCACUUUGUUAGCCAUGAUGGUAACACCAACCUUGAACCUUUCUUUGCUUCCUUGAUGAACUUAUCUAAUAUUCAAGAACUCGAAUUGGCGGGAAACAAACUCGGUGGGAAGCUGCCUCCUAUUAUUGGUGAUCUUCCUGCAAGCCUGCAACAACUUCACCUAGAAGAAAACCUCAUACAUGGCUCUAUACCUCCACAUAUUGCCAACCUUUUCAACCUUACUUUUUUAGAGUUGUCUAGUAACCUAAUAAAUGGAACAAUCCCUCACAGCCUCUGCAAGAUGGGUAGGUUAGAGAGAAUUUUCAUGUCAAAUAACUCACUAUCUGGUGAGAUUCCUUCAACCCUUGGUGACAUCAAGCAUCUGGGUCUUCUAGAUUUGUCUAGAAACAAGCUUUCUGGUUCAAUACCAGAUAGUUUUGCAACUCUCUCCCAGUUAAGAAGGCUUCUACUUCAUGACAACCAGCUUUCAGGAACAAUCCCACUGAGCCUGGGAAAAUGUGUCAAUUUGGAAAUUCUAGACUUGUCUCACAACAACAUCACAGGGGUGAUUCCUGCAGAAGUUGCAGCCUUGACUAGCUUGAAACUAUACUUGAAUUUAUCAAACAAUGACUUGCAUGGGCCUUUACCAUUAGAACUCAGCAAAAUGAACAUGGUGUUGGCUAUUGAUGUAUCCAUGAACAAUCUCUCUGGCAGAAUCCUGCCGCAGCUGGAAAAUUGCAUAGCACUAGAGUACCUCAACCUUUCUGGUAACUCCUUAGAAGGCCCUCUCCCUUAUUCAUUAGGCCAAUUGCCCUAUAUUCAAGCAAUUGAUGUGUCUUCAAAUCAAUUGACAGGGCUAAUACCUGAGUCCAUGCAAUUGUCUUCCUCUCUCAAGAUACUUAAUUUCUCUUUUAACAAAUUCUCAGGGAAUGUCUCAAACAAUGGUGCAUUUUCAUCACUGACCAUAGACUCUUUCCUGGGAAAUGAUGGUCUCUGUGGCCAGGUUAAAGGCAUGAAGUACUGUCAUAGGAAACACAGUUACCAUUUGGUGUUCUUGUUAGUUCCUGUGUUACUCUUUGGCACCCCUCUAAUGUGCAUGUGUAGGUCUUCCAUGGUAAUCAAGUCAAAAGUGAAGAAGAGGUCAGAAAUUGUUAGUAGAGGUGACUUGGAGGAUGGAGAGGAAAUAGAAGAGCUCAGUUACCCAAGAAUUUCAUAUAGAGAACUUAAAGAAGCCACUGGAGGAUUCAGUGCUUCAAGACUAAUCGGUUCAGGCCGGUUUGGACGGGUCUACAAAGGAGUCCUCCUAGAUAGCACAAGAGUAGCAGUGAAGGUUUUAGAUACAACACAAGCUAGUGAGAUAUCAAGGAGCUUUAGAAGGGAAUGUCAAAUCCUGAGAAAGAUCAGGCACAGGAAUUUAAUAAGGAUCAUCACAAUUUGCAGUAAACCAGAAUUUAAGGCUCUUGUUCUUCCACUGAUGCCAAAUGGUAGCCUUGAGAGGCACCUAUAUCCAAGCCACGAGUUAUGCCAGAGAUUGGAUGUGGUUCAAUUGGUGAGAAUCUGCAGUGAUGUAGCUGAGGGAAUGUCCUAUUUGCACCAUUACUCUCCCGUGAAAGUGGUGCACUGUGAUCUUAAACCAAGCAAUAUACUCCUUGAUCAUGAUCUUACAGCUUUGGUCACUGAUUUUGGAAUUUCAAGGCUUCUAAAAGAUGAUGAGAGUGUAUCCACCAGUAACUCAACAUCUUUCAGUUCUACAGAUGGUUUGCUAUGCGGAUCUGUUGGCUACAUAGCUCCUGAGUAUGGAAUGGGAAAACAUGCUUCAACUGAGGGUGAUGUUUACAGUUUUGGAGUGAUUCUGUUAGAAAUGGUGACAGGUAGGCGCCCAACAGAUGUACUGAUCCAUGAAGGUUCUUGCUUGCGUGAGUGGGUUAAGAGACAAUACCCUCAGCCAGAGAAGCUUGAAAACAUUGUUGAACAAGCACUUCAAAGGUGCACUCCUUCUGGGGUGCCAAGCUAUCAUAACAAAAUUUGGAAACAAGUUAUAUUGGAACUCAUUGAGCUGGGGCUGCUCUGCACAAUGCAGGAUCCUUCAACAAGACCAAGCAUGGCUGAUGUAGCCCAAGAGAUGGGGAGGUUGAAGGACUACCUCAGUAAUACUCUCAGCAGUGAAGACACUUCAGUUGAAAAAGAGAAUAAUUAGCUAUGAAUUGAAGAUUUUAAUUUUCAUCCUUCUAAAAUGUAUUUUUUUCACACAAAGUUCCAAACUCAAGUGUAUGAAAUUAUAGCUUAUAACUUCUUUUUUUUCAUUCUUACCUCUAAUAUUUUGAGGGAGCUACAUGAAGGCAAAGAAAGAUUAAGUGAAGAUAAACAAUGUAGGAGAGUACACAAACUCAAGAGACAAGGGAGGAGUGAAUAGAGAUUAUUAGCAUUAUCUUA